UGCGUGCAACAAUGGCGACUUCGGUAGCUUCAGCGCAUUCGGCAGGAGGGAGGCAAGCUCCUCAUGUGAGAACGAGGGGAGCACCGCAGGGGCAGAACCGGCGGUCUCCUGUGAUGUGCCUUCUGUCUUUUGGGUAUGCGUUUCGGACGCAUUCUGAGCUGACACAUCAAUGGGUACUUGUGAACCCUCGCAGAGGGCCUAGAUGCCGAAAAAAAAACAGAUUCCAAGUGGAGCUUGAGUUCGUCCAGUGUCUUGCUAAUCCACAUUAUUUGAAUUAUGUCAUCAAAGAGCAUGUAAACACACUCAGAUUCCACUCAUGCACGGAUAAGAAACACUUUCCUCUCUGGACUCAACUGACCCAACGGCAGGAUUUCAAAGUAAAAUCAUCGACUACAGUCUGCAGCAACCACUUUAAAUACGGCCAGCCAUAUCCUGAUGAACUUCACCCAUCUUUAUUUUUGAGAGGAUACGACCUUCCUGAGACACUGAAAAGAGCACCGGUGAAGAGUCGAGCAUUGGAUCUCACUACACCACUGCCGGCCAUCUGAGAAAAUCAAAACC